AUGCCUGACAAUUACAUUGACAAAAUAAGGGACAAGCCUGCCGCACUUCCCCCUCUCGGUAUUGUCCCCAGCUUCGAUAACCCACCAAAUAAUAAUCCAUUAGCAAUUGCAAUUAUUUCUGCGAGCUUUGUCAUAACAACGUCCGCAUUCUUUAUAAGAGUCUAUUCUAAAGCCUUUUGCACAAAAAAGGUGUAUCUUGCAGACUGUCUUGGUAUUUUGUCAUUUCCCUUUUUCGUUGCCGGAAUUUGGAUCUUGAUCACAGUCCUACACGGCCCCGGAUUCUUCGUCCACCAGUGGGACCUUCGCAUCAGAGGUUUAGAAGAGUUUCUUCACUCAUAUGUCCUUUCGACGACACUCUUUUGCGUUACACUUGCUCUAGCAAAGGCAGCGAUUUUACUAGAAUGGACUCAUGUAUUCGUCGUCAGGUCAAACCGAAGCGGGUUCUAUUGGACCUGCUAUAGUAUGAUCGCAAUCAACACGUCUUUAUAUAUCGCUACGAUCGUUACGAUCACGUACGCUUGUACACCACGCGAACGAAUCUGGCGCAGGUAUCUUCCUGGAACAUGCAUCAAUUUUGACGCCUUCAAUAUUUUCAUCACAACAUUCCAUUUGAUGUCGGAUAUUCUUAUGCUCCUUUUACCCCAGCGAAUUAUCUGGAAAUUGAGACUCGCCACAAGACAGAAAAUUGGUAUCUCAGUGGUAUUCUCUGGGGGUGCAAUCGCUUGUAUUUGGGCAGCUGGGCGUGUGGCGUCCGCUGUCCACCUCACUAUGUCCCAAGACAGCUCAUUCGCAUAUAGUCAAUAUAUUGUGUGGGGUCUAGCAGAAGUCUCAACGGCGCAAAUUGUAUUUUGCGUUCCUACGUUCCCGGUCAUAUUUCGGGACGCAACUUCAAUACGCGGACUCUGUCGCUCUAUACGAUCGAAGACGACGAAUAAUACUGCUUCCCUACAACGCCUCGGGUCAAACAGUACGGCGUCACAUAUAUCACGCACAGCGGACCAUGUAGCUGCAUCUGAUACCGGGACUACAGUAGCGAAAGGUGGCGCUGAAGAUAGAUGCUUUGCACAUCCUGAACCAUCAAGGUUGCAAGGUAGACGAGCCUUCGAUCAGUAUCGCACUAAUUCCGAAUUAUACCUUGGCGGGAUACUCAUCACCACGGAGAUUGACAUUAUGACACAUGAAAGAACGAACUCAUCUCAAGACGUCUAG